UGUUGCGCCACGACCGUGUAACCGUGUGCAGGGCCUUGAUUCUGCCUCGUCCCUCCUUUGUUCUCCUCGCAUGAUCGCACGCAUGCUCAGCUGCUAGCCAGAUGAAGCGUCUCCUCUCGUUCACGACAAUCUCGCCGGCGAAGAGCAUCCCAGCAGCUCCCGUGAACCCCGUUUCUGGUACACUGCCGCACGCGACCACCCUGCAACCGAAAUAUGUCCUUCCACCACUGCCACACCCAUGUCCUCACGAGCACAUCGCGGUGCUAGCGACGCCGCAGGGUCUCUUGCUGCAGCCACACUUCCAGAGCACGUCGCAUCCGGAGUCCUUCAUUCGCGUGCAAUGGGGCAAGACCGGCAACGUGGAGGAAGUGCAGUAUCGCGAGGAGUUUGACAGCAUAGACUGGUCAGAGAGCGUGGUCAUCUAUGGCCUGGUUGGCGUGCUGAAUCUUUUCUCUGUAUCGCAUCUCCUCGUAAUAUCGGGUCGAACGGAGGUCGGGCAUCUGCUCGACCCACGCCACGUUGUGUACAGCGUCAAAGGCGUUACGGCGAUUCCCUUGCGGGAGGAUCGCGCUCGCUCUGUAUUGCGUUCACUGGCAGGGCGCAAUAGGACGGAUUCGCGAGUAUCUCUCGAGGUCACCUCACAGCCAGGAAGUCCACCUCACAUUGCAGAUAUCUCGGGCGAUUCCAAUGCGUCUACCAGCUUGGAAAGCAACGCAUCAUCGAUAUCGCCGCGUGUGAAGUUCGCCGAUGAACACGAAGUGAAGGUGAUGACGCCGCAGACUGAGCACGGAUUUGAUGCAGAGGAACUAGGUAGACGUGAAGAUGAUCUGUCAUCGUCUGUCUCAUCUAUUGCAUCCACACCGUCCUCGGAGUACUCAGUAAAUACAGAGAAUGUCGUGAAAACGUUGACGGCGCGCUUGUCCUUCUGGAACAGACUCUCCAAGUCGAAGGCCUCGUCUUCUGAGCCUCGAGUGUCCAUGGAAGCUCAGACAUCCUCUGAUUCUUCUGAGGAAGAAGAUCAUCAUCGAGGGUCACUCGAGUCGAUCACGAAAGACGGCAAAGAAGAGCCUGCCCAGGUGCUCAACUCAAUAUUGUCCAGAAGUGCAUCCACUCCCCCGACCGCCGAAGGGAAGCACUCGGAGCUGGAGGAGAAGAUUGUCCGCGAGUGCAUCCGAGAGUUUACCAAGGGCGGCAUGUACUUUGCCUACGCAUUCGACAUCACUAGGUCUCUGCAGCAUAAGCACGAGAUGAUCGCCAAGGCCCGUAAGGAACAUAUGCACCCAGCAGGUUCCAAGGUUCUGGAUGAUGAUUCAGACCUAAGCCCACUUGGAGAGAAAAUCGAGGUCCUCGCCGAGCCCUCGCCGGCUCUCCCGCUCUGGAGAAGGGUGGAUCGACGAUUCUGGUGGAAUGAGUGGCUGAUGAAAUCGUUCCUUGAUGCUGGGGUCCACCCAUACGUUCUCCCCAUUAUGCAAGGAUUCUAUCAAGUUUCUUCUUUCCACGUGCCUCGAGAACCAGUGGCCUUGGAGGAGGGUCAAUACGCGCUUGUGGACUAUAUACUCGUUUCUCGAAGAUCGCGCGACCGAGCUGGUCUGAGAUACCAAAGGCGAGGCAUCGAUGAUGAAGCAAACGUCGCGAACUUUGUCGAGACGGAAACCAUUAUGCGGGUAGAGCGAGAGGGAUUUACGAACAUUUUCAGUCACGUCCAGAUUCGCGGAUCAAUUCCUCUUUACUGGAAGCAAGAGGGAUAUAGUCUGAAGCCUACACCUCAACUCGCUCCGGACAGGACCCACGAACAGAACCUUGAUGUCAUUCGCAGGCACUUCAAGAAAAUACUCCCACGAUAUGGACCUCAUACAAUCGUAAACCUCGCGGAGCAGCAGGGGAAGGAGGCGCAGGUGACGAAUGCGUACAAGGAGUAUGUUGAGGAGCUGCACGAUAAGAAUAUCCAAUACUACGCCUACGACUUUCACGUGGAAACGAAGGGAAUGAAGUAUGAGAACAUUGCGAAGUUGAUUCAUAUGGUGGAACGGGUCUUCGAGAACCAGGGAUACUUCUGGAUCUCCAACAACACAAUCAUGUCCCGACAGCGGGGCGUUUUCCGCGUGAACUGCAUUGACUGCCUGGACAGGACAAACGUCGUCGAGUCAGCUUUUGCGCGACAUGUACUGAACAGACAGCUCGGUGCUGUCGCUCUCCUGGAUCAGGCCGAGGAGAGCAAGAUCAGAUCGGAGACCGACCUGGUAUUCAAUGACGUAUGGGCGAAUAAUGGAGAUGCUAUCAGUCGUGAAUAUGCUGGCACUUCUGCAUUGAAGGGCGACUUUACGAGAACCGGUAAGCGCGACUUGGCUGGCAUGCUCAAUGACGGAGUCAAUUCUCUGGCGAGAAUGUACACUUCAACGUUCGCAGAUUGGUUCAGUCAAGCAGUGAUCGACUACAUCCUCGGCAACCGGACGAUCUCGGUCUUCUCCGAGUUCCUGAACAAGCUGCAAUCGACCGAUCCUCGAGAAAUGGUUCGUUUGUCGAGAAUCAGGGCGGAUGCGAUCGCGACAUGCGUGUCUCGCGUGCUACCGGAGGGCGAGCGAUUGUUGUCUGGCUGGACCCUAUUUUCACCAGCGGAGCUCAAUACCAAGGUGGGGGACAAGUUCGAGGAGAAGGUGCUGCUGCUGAGCGUAAAAGCUCUAUAUAUCAUAAGUUAUGACUAUACCCUAGAGAAGGUCAAGAUGUAUACCCUCGUACCCCUCCAAGAUAUCGUAAGAAUAACCAAAGGUGCUUACAUACUGUCUCCCCUCGAGGAGGCAAGCCGUGAUCCAUUACAGAACGCUGGCUUCCUCAUAACAUGGCGCAACGUGGAUCAAGAUACACGCGUUACGAGCUAUUCCAUUCGCAACAGUGUUGACCCUGCCUCACCGUUGCCACCUCCAUUUUCUUCCGUACCAUCUCAUCCGCGGGCUCCGCAUAGACGGGCCACCUUGCCAAUGCUAUCUCGCUCAACUACGUCUUUGCCGGGAAUGCUAUCCAAAGCUGCUGCACCUGCGGCAGAGAGCGACGAGACCUUUGCCGCAUUUAAAGUCCUGCCAAUAGAUCCGGCACGCACCCGAAGGGAUACGGGUAGCUUUAUUGAGCCUGCAGACGAGCUCGCGGGGGCAGCCAGUUGCAAGGAGGCCGCAGAUUUGAUUGUGGACACGAUCCGGCAGGCAUGCCAGGAUGCAGGCGGUGCGCAGCGCGACUACAUCGUGCUGGAGGACAUUGUCAGUUUGGCUGAAGCCCAGCGGAUGACAAGCGUGUACGCCAAGAUGGAGUAUGGAGUCAAGAGGCUGUUGUGGCUGGGCGGUUGACCACUAUGUGUUUCUCUUUGCAAAGCGUCACGGUUGUAUAUCACGGUUGUAGAAUAGAUUUCAGAAUAGUACGAAUAUCAGGCAAAUUACUUUCGGGCUCGCAGCCGCGAUAGGCUUUGUGAGUUUUAUUUAUAUUUUUAAUAUAAGCC